AUGAAGACAGACCAAGUUCUACGACGUGCGUGUGGGCUUCGCAACUCGUCAACUGGCCUACCAACAACAAAAGUCCCUGCACCGGUGUAUACGACGCACGUGUUUCGGAGCCAACGCUCGAGUCGGCUAUUUGAACGGUCACAAUUAGAACCGCUUGCGAGAAGGACGUUCGAUCGACAAUAUUCGACGACCAGGGCGUGGUCGUCAACUACUGACAUUUCCCACAAAAUCUUGGCGACAAACUUCUAUGGUGACGACGGCUUUGGCCGAAUACGCUACGACGAGAUAGCUCUAGGCAAGGACGGCCGCAGAAUUGCAAAAGUCACGAUCCAGAACAGUGCUGCGGGCAAUUCAUUGAAUGUUUCCUUACUUCAACACAUGACGACGGCCUUUCGCGAGCUGAGCCAAAAAGACGACCUGCGGUGCGUCAUAUUGACCGGCGAUAAAGGGUUUUGUACCGGCAUGCAUGUGACGGAACUUGCCAAUCUAGCCACCCCUGACCAAGCCAGGAGCCUGAUUUUGAAGGUCUGCGAAGCAGGCCAAGCUAUCCGCGAGACAGCCGUACCUACUAUAGCACAAAUCGAAGGCCGUUGCUACGGUGCUGGACUCGAGCUGGCCGCCUCGUGUGACUUCCGCUAUGCCUUGAAGGGGACUGUCUUUGCCAUGCCAGAGGUCGCCCUGGGAGUCCCGUCCGUGGUCCAGGCGAGACUGCUAGCAAACAUCAUUGGGUGGCAGAAAACCAGGCAACUUCUCUUGGUAGGCAACAACGUCGAUACCGAUAUCGCUCCCUCCUGGGGUCUUGUUGAUUACGUCUAUCCCACAGCCGAACUUCUUCGCUUCAAUGUUCUCAAGACGGCGCAGAGUAUUUGCGACAACGCCCCCCUCGCCAUGAAAUCUCAGAAACGCCUGAUCAACUAUUGGGAGGAGAAUGAUCUUGCGGCGGGCAUCGCUGCCAGCGUUGAUGCCUUUGCAGGGGCGUUCGAGGGUGGAGCCGUCGAGCCCAAGGAAUACACCCAGAGGUUCUUCGUACGGAAGCAAAAGGCCAAAAAGGACUACGAAGCAAGACAGGCGAUAAAGACGGCUGACGAGAAAGCAUGA